ACACGAGACACGAGACACAGCAGGGAGUAGCGUCGCUGGGUGAAGUCGUCAUCGAAAGAAGCUUAUGAAAUUGAUACUGAAGCGAGCCCAUGAUUGAAAUGCGCGGAAGUUUCCACUUGUCGUUACAAUUCGAGUGUAGCAAGCAGCACCAGCAGCAGCAGCAGCAGCAGCAGCAGUCAAAGUAUCAGAACAGAGUGGAGCGGCAGCAGCAGCAGCAGCAGUAGUCGACGACGUUGACUCCACGGUUCAUUUAGAAACAUUAAUUGAUUGGCGGCGUGCGCGCAAAGUGCUAAAACAGACAGCGCCAGGCAAUUGGCACGCCUCAUCGAAGGAAGCCAAGGAACAGACAGACAGACAGACACACAGACAGACAGACACGCUUCCACAUCCACCAUGAAGGACCUUGAGGAGCCAACGUUUCGUAGUCCUGUCAUCUGCAAAGACAUGGAUCACACCAAGGAAAAGGAGAAGAGCAAAAAGCCACUGGGCGAGAGCCAUCGAGCCGUUUUGCGACAGAAACUGAUGGUCUUUCUGGGCAACAGCGGCGUCCUCGGCUCGGGCAUGGUCAUCAGCAUGCCCUCGGUGACGCUCACCCAGCUGCACGACGAGAGCCAGCCCUUCUGGCUGAACAAGGACGAGUCCAGCUGGUUCGCUUCCAUCAACAAUAUGGCCUGUCCCUUGGGCGGGCUGCUGGUCAGCUACUUCAUGGAUCGCAUUGGCCGCAAGUACACCAUUCUGCUGACCAAUCUGCUGGGGCUGCUGGGCUGGCUGCUGCUGGCCACAAGUUUCCUGCACUCUGACCGCGACUUGAUCUAUGCCCAGAUGCUGGUGGGUCGAGCCCUGGGCGGCAUAAUGAUUGGCAUGUUCGUGUCCCCGGUGGGCGUCUACUCCGCAGAGAUCAGCCUGCCACGCAUCCGGGGCAGACUUAUAUUGGGCACCUCCAUUGGCCUCGCUGGCGGCAUUCUGCUGAUGUAUCUGCUGGGCUACUUUAUACGCAGCAACAUUGUUCUCAUUUCGACGAUCAGCUGCUGCUACCAGCUGGCGGCCACCAUUCUCGUCUUUCCCAUGCCGGAGUCACCCAGCUGGCUGCUGACGAAGGGACGCGACGAGAGGGCUAGGAAAUCCCUGAGAUAUUUCCGGGGUCUGCCAAAGAAAGAGGACGACUAUGUGCCAGAGUUCGAGGACGAGUUGGCGCAUAUGAAGGCGACUGCUGAGAAUAGCCGGAAUACGGCAGCCAGCGAGUCGCUCAGUCAGGUCAUUCGGCGGCCGGAGGUGUACAAACCCGUGCUGAUGAUGACCGCCUUCUUUGGCUUCCAGCAGGCAUGCGGCGUGGUCGUCAUCAUCGUUUAUGCCGUGCAGAUUGCCCAGAGGGCUGGCGUCUCCAUUGAUCCUGUGCUGGUGGCCGUCAUGCUGGGCGUUGCCCGCAUCAUCAUGACCUUCUUCAUGAGCACCAUCUUCGAGAAGUGGGGCCGCAAGCCGUCCGGCAUAUUCUCCGCCUCGGGCAUGGGCCUGUGCAUGCUGCUGCUGGCCGCCGGCGGCUGGUGGCCCGACACGGUGGGCACCUGGCAUUGGCUGCCCGUGGUGUGCAUCGUCGCACACAUUGUGUUCUCCACAAUGGGCAUGCUGACGCUGCCGUUCUUCAUGAUCUCCGAGGUGUUCCCGCAGCGGGCGCGCGGCAGUGCCUCCGGCAUUGCCGUCUUCUUUGGCAUGAUCCUCGCGUUCAUUAUGCUGAAAAUCUAUCCGAACAUGGAGGCCGCCAUGGGCACUGCCAAUCUGUUUGCCUUUUACGCGUUCAUCUCGUUCCUGGCGGCCGGCUUCAUUGGCUACUUUGUGCCAGAGACGCGGGGACGCACCCUGGAGGAGCUGGAGGAGCACUGGCGGACCGGCAAGUACACCCGCCGACUCACUCUCAACAACCUCAAGGAGGUGGAGCUGCACGAGCGCUUCCUGCAGAAGUAG